AUGGCACGACAUCCAGCAAAGACAGACCGUAUCGUCAUUGUCGGCGCAGGCGUAUUCGGACUGAGUACUGCUCUUCAUCUAGCAGAGAGAGGCUACAACAAUGUCGCCGUCUUUGACGCACAGCCAUACGAAAUCACAAAGUAUGACUACAUUUCAGGCUGUGAUUCCGCUUCUUCCGAUAUGAACAAGAUUAUUCGGUCCGCAUAUGGCGAACAAACAGAAUACCAGGCCCUCUCUUGCGAAGCUAUCGAGUGCUGGGAGGCAUGGAACAAAGAGAUCAGCGACGGUAGCUGCGUCCCUGGUGGCAUGAGUAGGGCGGAUAAAGUCUUCAUCAACAACGGCCAUCUCUCAUUGACCGACCAGAAUGAACUUCCUGAUUUUGAGAAAGCAACGAUCAGAAACAUGCAGCGAGCUGGCUUCACCGAUACACAACUCAUCACUACCGACAAUCGGCAUAAUGAAAUUGCCAAUAAGAGAGGCUUUGGAAAUGCAAUGGAUCCGUUCAGACGAAAAUCUAAAGGCAAAGGCUGCCUCGGCGUUCUCGACACAACAGGUGGCAUUGCCGUUGCUGAUAGAGCUUGUCGUUUUGCGCUGCAUAAGGCAAAGCAAAUCGGCGUUCACUUCGUACUGCAUCCUGACUCUGGUCAUUUCGAAGCAUUCAGCUACGACGAACGAGGACGAGUGAACGGGGUCGUCAUGAAGGAUGGUCAGAACCACCCUGCGUCGAAAGUCAUCAUGGCAUGCGGCGGGUGGACGCCCUCGUUGAUUCCAGAGCUCGACGGUAUCUGCGAAACUACGGCUGGGUCUGUGGUGAUGUUGAAGAUACCUCUCGAAUCACCGCUCUUCGAACAGUUCGCCCCAGAGAAGUUUCCAUCUUGGUCAUACAAAAUGCGGGAUGGUGCCACGGGUGGCCUCUAUGGUUUUCCCCGAGAUGGAAGAGGAUACAUGAAGAUUGGGUACAGAGGUACGAAAUACACCAAUCCAAAGACUCAAUCCGACGGCAAAGAGCGCAGUGUGCCCAUCACGAGAUAUACGGACGGCGAGAAAAUUGCGCAGAUCCCCAAGCAAGCGUUAGAAGUCUUCAAGUCUUUCGUCACCGAGUUUCUGCCAGAGCUGGUGGAAGAAGGGAUCGAUCUUCAGUUGACUCGAUUAUGUUGGUACACUGACUCUUUCGACAACCACUAUGUGAUCGACCACUUACCUGGUCAAGAUUCAGUCUUGGUUGCGACUGGCGGGAGCGGCCAUGCUUUCAAAUAUCUUCCCAACAUCGGCAAAUGGAUUGUUGAUAUUAUGGAAAGUGUUGGCAUGGGUCGCCAGCUGAUUCAGAGCUGGAAAUGGAGGAAAUCGCAGCCAGGCCAAGAACCUGUUAAUAUCCUUAUGGAGGGCAGUAGCAGCCCGAGAGCACUCAGGAACGUGGAACUGUCUACCGAUGACGAUUUGAAGCUGUCUGCUCGAUCUCAACUUUGA